AUGUCUAAAGGUAUCUAUCAACUGGGAGGGAUAUCUCUACACUCAGCUCCUGUAGUAGGAGAAUCAGUGUUCCUGUGGGGAGGAGAUAGGCCUGACUUACCUGUUGUUCAUGAUUCCCCACAAAAGAGGAAAUAUUUGUCCACCAUUGAUAGACUGGAGUUUAGGACUGGUCAUUGGUCCUCUCACGUGACCAGAGGAACGUCACCUCCUCUAGGAGCUAUAGGAUACUUUUGUACUACCAGAAACAAUGACAUCUUCUUUUUUGGCGGCUACUGUGGACAUGACAUUUGCUUUCAUAAUGACGUCAACUCAUUUAACAGUCUAACAUAUGAAUGGAGUAAUAUAAUACCAACCAGUGAUGCUGUAAUGAAGAGAAUGGGUGGUGGUAUGGUGUGUAUGGAGUCUAUGGGUACAGAAUACCUAUUUAUGAUAGGAGGGACUGGUUCUACACCCACUACAUACCAAUCACAGUAUCAGUAUAUUCAGAUGGUCAGCAGUCGUAUCCGACAAUGGAUUAUUCCAACUAUUAGUGGUCAGUGUUGUCCUCCUACUAGUUCCUUUGCUAUUCAAAAGAUUACUAAUAAUAAAGCUGUCAUGUUUGGUGGAGCAGUGCCUAGUGAUGAUCGUAGAAGUGAUAUACUUGUUAAUACAGUCUAUACAUGUCAACUGGAGUCUGAUACUACAAUACACUGGGAGAGUGUUAAGGGACCAGUAGUACCUGCUAGUGUACAGUGGCCUGUGAGGAGACGUUAUCAUGCUAUUACUAGUAUCAUCAGUGACUCACCUACACUAGUAAUGAUAGGUGGAGAGGGUAAAGAUGAACUAGUAAAUGAUAGUUGGUUACUGAAUACUAGUCAGUACCAGUGGAGUAAG